CAAUUCAGCAUUCACAUUCCAUACCAACACAACACAACACAAACGACUGAUAUUACUCUUUACUAUCUCCAUUUCAUCUGUCUUAAAACAGAGCUCAUUCAAUUGACUCUGUUUCCUCUGUUUUCAUGCUUCCUAUAAUCAAAUCCCUCGUAAAAUCUGCUGCUCUGAUAGUAGUACCCCUAUUGCCUCUGUUGAGAGACAUGGUGGGCUACGAAGCUUUGAGCAAAUUCGAGUGAGAAACGCACAAUUCUCCAAAACCUUUUUCAAGAGAUUCUUCUUUGAUUUCUCUCAGGUUUCAUAAAACAAGAUGGAUUCAAUCAAUUUUUAUGACAUCAAAGCUGAGAAGGCCAACGCCAUAUUGAGGUACCGCCAGCUUAGAAAGAUUGGAAACUUUUUUCGAUUACUGGAAGUGUUUGUUGUUCUGCUCCUGAUUUCCAGACUUUCUCUUCAACUCCCUAAUGCUGUCAAGAACUCUGGCUUCUACUUCCGAGACAUAUCAGGCUUCAUGUUCAGUCCUCGCUUUGUGUUCGUCGUUGGAAACAUUAUAGUCAUCAUUCUCUUUGCCAAGUCCGGUGGGUUCUCAGCUAAGGAUUCAAGCACAGCUGGCUCAGGAGGUGAUUUUUAUGAUGAGUUUGUUCGGAGCAGUGAAAAGAAUCAGAAGAUUCGCCGAGAUGAAAUCGAGUACAAGGUCAAUCAGAGCACAUGUGAUGGUGGUAUAGUUCCUGUGCAAACUCAUAGCUCCUUGGUAGUGAAGAACUACACAAGGAGUCAAUCAGAGAACUUGAAACGCGACGUUUGCCAGAACUCACGCCGUGUAUUGAGGCGUUCAGAGACGGAGAAGUUCAAGAAAAAUGUCAAGUCUGGUGAGAAGAAAUUGCCAGAAACUAUGUUCCCAGAAGAUGGCAUGAGCAACGAGGAGUUUCGCUGCAAGGUUGAGGCUUUCAUUGCCAGGCAGCAGAAGUUUCGACUGCAAGAAGAAUACUCUGUAAUCUAAGAUUUAAGUAUUUGAAAAUCUCAGUUUCUACUCUCUUCUUCUCUGUUUUA